AUGGUGGCACGUGAGUUCGAUGGCUUUGACGAUGGUUAUGGCGACUAUGGCGAUGGAUCCGAGGAGGAGAACCCGGCCGAGGAGGAUGGCAAGCCGAUGUUCGGCAGUCUGGUCGGUGAAGCCGGGGAGAUGCUUAUGGAAGAUGAGGCGAAGAACCAGCGACAGGCGCGCCGUAACUUGCGCAUCCGCGGCCUGCUGAAGGGCCGACGAGACACCACCGUCGAGGAGCUGCUAAAGCCCGACACGUUGGGCGAAGUAGCUACCAUCACCGACCUGCUGGAGCCAAAGCCUGCAAAGGCUGAGGACGAAGUUUCGGAACUUCCACCCUGGCUCGUCUAUCGCGACGAGCCCUCAGAGGUGAGCCUGCGUCUCCACGAGGAGCUCCUCGACUUUGCUGCCUUUAUGCGGCCGACGAUCAUAGAGUCGGCUGCAAGGGAUGCCUGGACACACACUUUGCAGCAAGCUUCCGAGUCCUUGUGGCCGCAGGCGCGGGUGCAUGUCUUCGGUUCCACUGCCACGAAGCUGAACUUGCCAAAUGCCGAUGUGGACGUUGCCAUCGUCAACAUAGAAGGCCUCAGAGCCACCACGGCCAUGAAAAAGCUGGCCGAGCUCCUGUUGGAGCGCGAGGAGGUCAGUAAAAUUGAAAUUAUUCAGUCUGCAAAGGUUCCGGUCAUGAAGGUCCAGCACCGAAACACGGGGCUGAUGGCCGACAUCGUAGUCAACCGGACCGAUGGCCUCGAGACUGCGCAAUUCAUUGACGAGCAAAUGCGGCUAUUUCCUGCGCUGUCGCCACUGGUGCUGUUUCUGAAAUUGUUCCUUUCACAGAGGAAUCUGCAUGAAACGUUCAUGGGUGGCAUGGGCUCCUACGUGCUCGUUUGUGUGGUGCUUUCGUUUCUGCAGCACCACAAGUCGGCCCAGAGUUCCCAUUUGCAUUCGGUAACUACUCUGGGCAACCUUCUGCUGGACUUCUUCAGGUACUACGGCCAGGAGUUCCGCUAUGCUGCAACUGGGAUCUCGGUGCGCGAGGGCGGAUCCCUGUUCGACCGGGCCAAGCGAGGUUGGACCGCAACAACUCGAUCCGGACAGGCGACGUUAUGCCUAGAGUCGCCCACUGAGCCUUCUUUGGACAUUGGUGGCCGGAUAUUCAAGAUAGGGCUGGUCCGAGCCGCCUUCAACCACGGGUACCAGGUCGUGUCGGCACUCUUCCUGGCGAAAAAGGCUCCAGAAGGAUCACUUCUUUGCCCAUUCCUCCUCCGACAGGACCAUCCGACCAUUGCGGAGCGCUAUCAGCUCUACCGCGAGCAGCCGGCGCCCUUCCUGGAGGGCGUCGGGCGUCCGGAAAGUGACGAGGAGGCGCAGGAGCCGCCACCGAAGAGGCGUCGUGGGGAAGUCGCACCAACCGUGGAUGUGCCUCUCACAGAGCCGGCUGAACCUGUACCCGCAGUUCCAGCAGAGGAUGCCGACGAGUUGGGCGAUGCGUUGGCCUUCUUGGCAGAGACCGAGGAGGUCGCCGAACUCGGCGGGGCCUUGGAUUUUUUGGCUGCGGAGCUCCCAGGAGCUGACAAUGGGGAGCUCGAAGACGAGGACGACGAAGCAUACGAUCCCCUCGCCGUGCUGCCCGAGGUCUUUGACACGGAGGAUCCUGCGGGCGACAAAGAUGCGCUCGCCGAAGCAGCGCAUUUGCUGAACGUGGACCCUCAGGUUCUAGCUGAAGAGCAGCGCUUGCUGCAGGAGCAGAUCCAGCUCCUCGAGGAGAUCCAGGUCCUCGAGGCUUCGGCUGCAGAGUUGGACAUGGACGAGGAGGGAGACGGAUAUGUUGACCCCGGAGACGGAUACGCUGACCCAGAGCCCGAGGAUGAUGUGGAAGUUUAG